CGCUGGCCCCGCGCGCCGGGCCCCGCUCCAGGGCCAUGGCCCCGAGCCGGCCCCGCGCCCAGCUCGGACCCCCGCCUUCCCGGGACUGAAGGAGCCAGGCAGCCAUGAGCGCCAACCCCCAGUGGGACAUCAGCAAGGCGCUGGGGGUGGCCAGGCUCUUCCACUUGGUGUGCGGGGUCCGGGACGCCUGCGUGACUCCGUUCCUGACCCUCUACCUGAGGCAGCUGGGCUUGGCCGCGCCCUGGGUUGGCAUCCUGAUGGGGACCAAGCACCUGAUCGCAGCCCUCUGGGGUCCCUUCUGCGCCUUCCUUGUCAAAAGCUACCAGAAAAGGAGGGUGCUAAUGGUGGGCUCGUUGUUGGGCUCGGUGGGAGCCAGCCUGCUGAUGGUCCUGGUGCCACCGCUGGACAAAGAUCUGCUGUCCGGCCCCUGUAACGCCAGCCACGGCGCCACCCCCACCGCCCCGCCACCGGGGGCCGCGCCAACCUGGACCUUCGCCUCGAACUCGCCGCCGGGGGCGCCCGGCCCCCCAGCCAACCGCAGUCCUGGCACAGUGGAAGCCUCUGGCUUCGGGAAGGGACCCGCGGAAAGCGUCCACCAGGCGUUCGGUCAUCCGCGAGACUAUGCCAUGGACCCUGUGGAAAGAGCCAGGACCACGUCCGGAGCUGGCCACCCUGUCACUUCGCCAGUGAAAGAUUCUCCUCGGGAAGGUGCUUUUAAGGUGGACAGGACGGCCCUCCCUUUGCAUGCAGGGGGUCCAGCGCUAGGAAGCUCAGCCAACUGGUCAGGGGCCGAGAGCAAUACUGGAGCCCUUGGCCUGUCCUCGGAAGGGUGGCGGCAGACCUUCCUCCUCUCCCUGGGGUCCGUGGUGUUCUGGGAGCUGCUGGUGGCCCCUCUGGAGCAGGUGGCAGACGACAGCCUUUAUGAGUACCUGGAUUUUGUGGAUGCCACAGACCGUUACAGAAGCCUGUGGGUCUGGAGGCUGCUGGGCAUGUCCGCGGGCGUGUGUGGCAUCGGGGCCUUGGUGGGACAGCUGGAAUGCUCCCCGGUGACGAGUGGCCCCCGCGGUGCAUUGCACUUCUACGGCUACUCCCUGGUCAGCGUGCUGGCUUUACUGGUGAGCGUCGCCUUUCCUGUCCCCGCGUGCAGGCGGCGGGAGCCCAGCUACAGAGCCGUCAAGGCACUGUCUCUGGUGGCGGGGGACCCCCGCCUCCUCGUCCUGGCCCUCACCGUCUUCCUUACAGGAGCAGCCACCAGCACGGUGCAGAACUUUCUGUUCUGGCACAUGCAGGACCGCGGGAGCAGCGAGCUGGUCAUGGGUGUCUCGGUGGCCCUGGGCUUGGUGGCCGAGAUUGCGCUCCAUCCGUUGAAAGCGACAUUACUUAGGAAACUGACCAGAGUGGGCACCGUGGGGCUGGGCCUGGGCUGCCUGGCCGGCCAGCUGCUCUACUACGCCUUCCUGUGGAGCUGGUGGUCCGUCCUCCCCGCUCAGGCCUUGAGCGCCUUCAGCAGCGGGGCUCUGUGGUGGGCAGUGAAGGCCUCGGCCGAGCACCUGGGCACUCCCGGAACCCAGCGGCCCCUGGGCGCCAUGUUCCGAGGCCACUUCUCCGGGGGCGGGUCCAGCCUGGGCAGCUUCGUGGGGGGGUUCGUGGUGAUGUACUUCGGCCUGGCCGUGCUGUACCAGGCCUGCUGCGUGGUCCUGUUGCUCUGGCUGGCCCUGUUCCUGUCCAUCCAGCAGGCGCUGCCCCAGGAGCAGAAAAUCAACUACUCAAAACUGCUGGUCAUGGAGGCCAGCGACACGAGCGACUCGGAGCAGGGGACCGAACGGGACUGGCUCGUGAGGGCCAUGAGGGAGGAGCAUUCAGACUAGCAGGGCUGAGAUGCAGGUCAGGAUGCGGUGAUCGUGGAAGGCGCCCAGGGGGAGGCUGGACAAAACUCGCCUGCCGAGGACAAGGCCCCGGAGUCCUGUCUGGGUCCCCGGGGAGCCCGGAGAGACCACACAGGUGUGUGCAGAGCCCCACGGAAUCAUCUCAUUGCAUGAUUUUCCUUACUUCUGUGGUACAAGGAGAUUUAACUUUUUGCUGUUCAAUCGUUUUUUAAAUAAUGGAGGAAGAAUACAUUUGCUAAAAAAACAGAAACAAAAAACCCACCUCA